AUGCAUCCAGGCAAUGGGCUGGUUGCAAUGACCCUCGUCCGUCAGUUGAGCGGCACCAGAACCUCCUUCUCUGGUUGGUUGGCGCGGCCUGCAGUCGGCCCAAAAAGGGAAUCCUCCAAGGGAACAACGAACCAACCUAGGGCAACGUUGGUGCGGCGAGCCCCAACUCAUUUAUUCGGUCCUUACGAACGAAAGAGAUGGGCCUCGGUUUAUGCACCAGAAAUUGACUCCUGCGGUUCUGUUGCAUCACCUCUUAUCCCUGGGUUACAGGCGACGAGCCGAGGUCACACUACCAGAAUCAAGAUGAGAGUGUUCUGA